AUGGGAAUCGCAUUCUCAUCGGUCUUUGGAAAGAUUUCAUCAAUCUUUUCUCGUCAAUCUGAAAUCAGAAUUUUAAUGUUAGGAUUAGAUUCGGCUGGUAAAACUACAAUUCUUUAUAGAAUUCAAAUUGGUGAAGUCGUUUCAACGAUUCCAACCAUCGGUUUUAAUGUAGAAACAGUACAAUAUAAAAACAUCAAAUUUCAAGUAUGGGAUUUAGGUGGUCAAACUUCGAUCAGACCUUAUUGGAGAUGUUAUUAUUCAAAUACUCAAGCUGUAAUAUAUGUAGUAGAUUCAAAUGAUCGUGAUAGAUUACCCGUAGCGAAAGCCGAAUUAUUAUCAAUGUUAAGUGAAGAUGAAUUAACCGAUGCUAAACUUUUAGUAUUUGCAAACAAACAGGAUCAACCGAAUGCUUUAACAGCUGCUGAAGUUUCCGAAGGAUUAGGACUUGAUACAUUGAAAAACCGUCAAUGGAGUAUUUUCAAAGCUUGUGCAAUUAAAGGUGAAGGAUUAGAAGAAGGAUUAGAUUGUUUUAAUUCGAAUCUGAUGGUUUGUUUUUGGUAUUGA